UCUAGCUCUAGCUCAUUUAGGGUAAAAUAGUUUUCGUAUAUUGGUGAUAUUGGUUAUCCUUUUUUUUCCGAAAAUUGGUUUUUGCUUGUUUCUUGCCAAAAUGGCUAAGAAAAAGUCUGAUAAAAGUGACGAAAAUUCAAAAAAUCAGGACAGUGAUGCGUCGAGUAAUAGCGAGGAACCUAAUUUUAGCGAUCCCGAAGGAUACGAGGAAGAUAUUUCGGACUCGGAACUGUUGAAAGAUAUUUUAAAACAGAAACCUAAAGAAACCGAUGGAUAUGAAUCAGUAAUUGUGGUCGACGGAGUGCCUCAAGUAGGCCCUAAUCGAAUUGAAAAGUUAAAAUCAGUUAUAAACAAAGUAUUUGGCAAAUUUGGUAAAAUAGUUAAUGAAUACUACCCUCUUAAAGCUGAUGAGUCAACUAAGGGAUAUAUCUUUUUGGAAUAUUCAAAUCCCAAUCAUGCAGCUGAGGCUGUUGAGUUGGCAAAUAAGUUUAAAAUUGAUAAACAGCAUACUUUCUUAGUAAAUUUAUUCACUGAUUUUGCAAAAUAUGAACAAAUACCUGACAAAUGGGAACCUCCACAAACUAGACCCUACGAAGGACAAGCAGAUCUACAUUAUUACUUAUUAGAACCUGAUGCAUACGAUCAGUAUGCUGUUGUUACUGCACAAGGUCAAAGUGUACAAAUUUGGCAAAAUACAUUACCAGAUCCUAGCUUGAUUGAGGAACGUAGUAAUUGGACUCAGACCUUCAUCAAGUGGUCUCCAUUGGGUACAUACCUUUCAACUUUCCACAAACUUGGUAUUGCUCUAUGGGCAGGCCCAGAGUUCUUGCAGUAUAAAAAAUUUGCUCAUGCAAAUGUGCAGUACAUAGAUUUUUCACCUUGCGAGAAAUAUCUAGUAACUUACUCCCCCCAAGGUGAAAGUAAUAAUCCUGAUAAGAAAAUUGUCAUAUGGGAUAUCAGAACAGGCCAGGAAAAACGAUCAUUCAAUAUAGAUAGCACAUCGCCCUGGCCAAUUUUCAGAUGGUCUCACGAUGAUAAGUAUUUUGGCAGAAUUGGAAAUGAUGUCUUAUCUAUCUAUGAAACUCCAUCAUUUGGGUUGUUGGAUAAGAAGUCUAUCAAAAUGGCUGGCAUCAGGGAUUUUAACUGGUCACCAACUGACAACAUAGUGGCUUACUGGGUAGCAGAGGACAAAGAUGUACCAGCUAGUGUAACACUUUUGGAGUUACCAAAUCGCAAUGAAAUUAGAAAAAAGAAUUUGUUUAAUGUGGCUGAUUGUAAAAUUCACUGGCAGACAUCUGGGGAUUACUUGUGUGUUAAAGUAGACAGAUAUUCUAAAUCAAGAAAAGAAAAAAAUGAGAUGAAAUAUUCGGGAAUGUACUGCAAUUUUGAAAUAUUCCACAUGCGAGAAAAGCAAGUACCCGUUGAUAGUGUGGAAAUCAAAGAACCAAUCCAAGCCUUUGCUUGGGAACCUGUUGGAACCAAAUUUGCUAUGAUUCACGGAGAGACCCUCAGUAUAAACGUCAGUUUUUAUGAAGUCAAGGUCGGUUUAGCUCCAAUUUUGUUAAAGAAGUUUGAAAAACGGGCCUGCAGUCAUUUGUUUUGGUCACCUAAUGGUCAGUUUAUUGUUUUGGCCGGAAUGGGAAGCAAUGGCGGUUCUCUGGAGUUUGUCGAUACACAGGAAUUUUUGGUUAUGAAUACAACUGAUCAUUUCCAAAUGUCUGAUGUGGAAUGGGAUCCAACAGGACGAUACGUCUUCACUGGAGUGUCUUUUUGGAAAUCCAAAGUUGAUACUGGAUAUUGGAUGUGGUCUUUCCAGGGUAAGAUUCUGAAGAGAAUCAAUCUGGAAAGGUUUGCCCAAGUCCUUUGGAGGCCCAGACCGGCCACACUUCUUUCAGAGAAGCAGCAGAAGGAAAUCAAGAAGAAUCUGAAGAAGUAUUAUGCACAGUUUGAAAGCAAAGACCGUAUGCGGCAGUCGAAAGCCUCGAAAGAGCUGAUCGAGAAAAGAGCCGCUCUUAUGGAGAAAUUCAGGGAGUACAGGGAGGAGAAUAUUAAGCAAUGGCAGGAGAAGAAGGCUAGAAGGCUGGCCCUUAGAAAUAAUAUUGACACAGACGAACUAGGCGCAGAUACUGAAAACGUUGAAGAAGAAGUUGUAGAAUUUUUUGUUAAAGAAGAAAUUAUCCCAAUUGACUAAUACAAUACAAGAAAUAGUGUUGUGCCCUGUAUUGCUUCUAUUUUGAUACUGUACAGGGACUUAGCCAUUUGUAAUACUUCCAAAAGACUUCAUUCUUAUUUUAUUAUUAAAUAACAGUCUGUGUCACAAGUUCUUUUAUAAUUACCAACCUUUAUAAAAGUAUAUAAGGUGUUAUAUAAUAAUACAUUUUUAUUACGCGUCAAAA